ACUCAGCCCAGUGAUGGAAAGUGAGGCUUCAUUUAACAAUUGAUCUCCUGACUACUCUGCAGUUACUGAACUGCUUUUGUUCCCGCCCGGUGUUCAGCGGCAGCAGCUCUCUAACAAAGGCUCCACUAAGCCUCAGCUCGUAAACACGGUGCAGCUUAUUGCAGCUACAACGGGACGCUCCAACGGUUCGUCUGUGGACUCACAUUCAGACGCAGGACGUCUUCAUGUUGUGUUUCAGCCUGAUUAAAACCUGCUUCUGACAGUCUGUGCUGGCAAACACAAACAGAAGGAGAGAGAGAGAGAGAGAGAGCAUCAUCUGCAGCUCCACCAAUAAUAAAACCACAGACAUGUAGCACUAACAGCCAAUAGUGACUACAGAUGAGGAGCUCACACAGCACCAGGUCCUGAGGCUAACGUUCCCCCAGUGGGAGGCCAUUAGGCUGGGUAGAGGAGGCCUACCAGGCCACCUGGAGAACCGGUCACAUGGUGGUGGCAUCAGGAGGAAGCAGGAGUACCACAGUCACAGACACAUGAUGGAGCAGCACAGUAGAGAGCUGCAGCCAGAUGUUUCCAUGGACCACAGCUGGAGGUUCUGCACCAUUCUGGUGGAAACCCUUGAGGACUUUGGCUUCCACUCCUCGUCUCGCACCACUGUCACAGGGUUAGACUGGACCAACACGUGGACGGCUCCAGCCUCAGGGCGGCCUGCUGAUACCCCUGCUCUGAAUGAGCUGCUCCUCAACACCAAAAAGAAGAAGCUGAUCAUCGACCACAGAAGGGAGAAGGUUCCCAGCGUCAAGUUCCCAAGAGUUCACAUAGAGAUGCCAGCGGCCCCUCAGAUCCCCGGGACGAGGAAGAGGAGGCGGUGGGGGGGUCUGAGGCAGCAGUGGAAGCUCCUGGGCCUGUUUCAGAUCGAUGAGCAGCACGACUUCUACAGCCUGACCUGCAUGAUGAAGGAGGGCUUAGCUGCCGCCCUGCAGCCCACCAUGGAGACCGCGCCCACGGACGAAGUGUCAGACGACGACUUCCGCUCCGAGGUCACGCGGGUUCACGAGGACUUCACCAUGGAGACGUUCGCCGGCCCGGUCUUCGCCCGCCUGCGCAGCUCUCUGGGCCUGACGGAGCACGAGUACCAGCAGUCGCUCUGCUCCCACAGCUGCUACCUGCAGUUCAUCAGCAACUCCAAGAGCAAGGCCGACUUCUUCCUCACAAACGACAAGCGCUUCUUCCUGAAGACCCAGAACAAACGGGAAAUCAGGUUCCUUCUGGCCAAUCUGAAGAUUUACAUGGAGCAUCUGAAGAAAUACCCACAUUCACUGCUGGUCAAGUUCCUGGGUGUCCACAGGAUCAACAUCCCGCUCAAACUCAAGAAACAUUUUAUUGUUAUGCAAAGUGUCUUUUAUCCAGAUGAUCGAAUCAGUGCCCGAUAUGAUAUUAAGGGCUGUGAGGUGAGCCGCUGGACAGAACCGGUACCAGAAGGAAGCCCCAUCAUUGUGGUCCUCAAAGACCUGAACUUUGAAGGCCAGUGCAUCACUCUGGACCAGCAGCGUCCGUGGCUCCUGCAGCAGGUGGAGAUCGACACGCGCUUCCUCCAGAGGCUCAACGUGUUGGACUACAGCCUCCUCCUGGCUCAUCAGAACCUACAGCACGACGAGCGGCACCAGAACCUCUCGCUUGCUACGCUCAUCAUGAGAACCAAGAAGUCCGUGAAUAUCGGUUCCAGCCCCGCUCACACCGAGGUGGCUGCGGUUCCUGGAGCGGUCCCGGAAGACGAGCCCACUUCACCGGUACCGGGCCCAGACGACAGCGGCUGCUGGCUGCAGCCACGGGCAGGAGCCGCAGACAAGAUGCCAGAGUUCCGGGCCCAGAACCGGCGCCUGCUGCCCGAUCUGAAGAACCCUCUGCACGUCAUCGACGGGCCGGAGCAGCGCUACUUCAUCGGAAUCAUUGACAUUUUUACCGUGUACAGUUUCAGGAAGAGGCUGGAGCAUCUGUGGAAGCGACUGCGACAUCCGGGCCGGUCCUUCUCCACGGUCAGCCCGCGGGCCUACAGCACCCGGCUGUGUCGGUGGGUGCAGAACCACAGCAAGUAGGCCCGGCCCGGGAGAGGAGCGUGAUCAGGUGACACCUCCACAUGCACUGACAUCAUCUUUGCAGCCUUUUCCUUUUGCCGGUGCUCCAGUCGCAGCCUGUCCUGGUGUUUGUGUCUCUGUGGGACCACAGAGGAACCAGCUGUUCUCCUCCCACGUGGUCCUUCCUUAAUAAAUGAGACAAACCCACCGGACCAUGAGUGGGAAAAGCUGAGACGCAAUAUGCAGCGCCGAGCCCAAAGACGAGUGAAGCUGUGAUUGAAGGUGUGUGAGCUUCAUGUGAACAGGAUGAACCCAGUCGGAGCAUCUACCUCAAAACCAUUAAAGCUGGAGGAAUAUUUCAGCCUGACUGUGCUGCUUUCUGUCACGCAAAUAAUAAAAGGGUUUGAUCUGAACACCAA